GGCAGCAGGCUCUGUAAUCUGACAUUAUCUCACAGCCAAAGUCACUCUGUCCGCCCUGGCCUUACAGAGCCCCUCACACACAGAGCUGGCACGGGUUAUUACAGCCGGUGGGUUGUCCCGGGCCAGGCCUCGCCUCCCGCUCUGUCACUUCCUGUCCCGGACCGGCCGGUCUCGGCUGCUGUCGCCCUGGGUUUAGGCCUGUGUGGCCCCCGAUGGAUUUUACUUAGUGCGGCUGGAAGCAGUGCGUGCCCCCAGCCAGCCCCGCACCAUGUCGUCGCCCUCCCCGUGCCCGGCCCUGUGCUGCUGCCGGCGCCCGCUGCACCCAGCCCCAGCCCUCCCGCAGGGCUCCCACCCGGGGCCUCCAGACCCAGCCUCGGCUUCCAGCUUCCAGCUCUACCGCCUGCACCACUUCCACCUGGGCCUGGAGCUAAGGCCGGAGAGCCGGGACCUGGCCGGCUGCCUGGUUCUGGAGCUCAGCCCUCUCUUGCCCGGAGGCCCGGCCUUGGUUCUGGACAUCCACCCAGCCUUAAGGGUCAAUUCUGUUCGGUGCCGCCGAGGGGAUGUCAGAGAGCAGAGCAGGAAUCCCCACUGCUUCCCAAACCCAAGCACACCUCCCCAAAAAACCCACCCCUGUCCCCCCAGCCACCAGGCCAAUGUGCCCCCCAGCCACCAGGCCAAUGUGCCCCCCAGCCACCAGGCUAAUGUGCACUCCUGGACUCCUCCUGAGGACACAGCAGGUGCAUUUUCUGACAGCCCCAAAUCUGAUGAGUUGGAGCUCCCAGGUUCUCCUGCCAGCCCCCCAACCACUGACCAUUUGUGGUUUGUGACCCCUGACUCGCCUACACUGAGCCCAAACUCAGAGUUCUCACCAGUGGUGACUCCAGAACCCUUGGACCUCUCAGUUUCAAGGACAAUUGUAGCAACUUCCUUCCCCAGCAUUGUGCCUGGCAUAACAAACUUAUCUGGUGUUACAGAGUGUGCCCCUUCCCCUGCCAUUUCAGUUUGUCAGUGCCCAACUACAAAUGGACACAGAGGUCCACCAUCCUCUUUAAGACUCGCCUGUCAGGCCUCACUACCUCCUGUGACUGUCCCUCACUCCCCUGCUGCUGCUGAUCUGUCUUCCCACUCAUCCUGCUCAUGUCACACAAUUUCAUCUGACUCUGAUGUGUCUUCACCACCACAGAAAAAAAGCUUUGCAAGUUCAGCACCUCCGCCAUACUUCCCAUCAAACAUUCCAAAUUUGGAUGCUUGGCACAGCACUUUCGGUCCGCCAUGUGGGCUCCAUGGUGAUUCUGGACCCUCAAAUUCCACUUGCUGUUUCCCAUUGGACUUCAGGGUUGACGAGUUCACAGAUUAUGGUUCUGCACUCACGAUAACAGUGCCUGAAACUUUAGGAACCAACGAGACUUUCCAAAUUAUUGUGCAUUAUGUUACUGGGGAGGGCCCUGCAGUGAGUAUUCAACCUUAAUGUUUACAUAGAGACACUUGAGUACUAAAAUCCUUUCUAAUGCCCCAUUAGUGGCGUAACUUUCACCUCUGUUUCAGGAUUAGUUACCAAUUCUUUUGGUUCAAAUAAUAUAACUAACACAUACAUAUUUUUGUAUGAUUUGAUAUUGUUGUGUGUUUUUUUUGGCAGUUUGCGGAGAUGUGUGCAGGCAUUAUUUUUAAUAUGCCAUAGUCCGUUUACAUUUGUAUAAUUUACAGAUCAGGUCUACAUUUUCAUUAGUUUGCUUUUACACGGUAACAGUUCAAUCAGCACUUGGAAAUGUAUGUACAAAACCGUGAAUUAAUCUAAACUGAAUUGCCUAGUUCAGGCUAAAAUAACUGUGACUGUUACAGUGCUUUAGAAUUUGUCCAGAUCUACUACAUUUGUCUAAAUUUAGCAAUUUUGUUUUGAGUUUACUAUAAUUAUAUCACAGUGUUGUGACAUAAAUUGUAUGUUAUUUAGAGAAGUAAAAUGCAACAUUGUUGUUUUGUUCCUGUUUCCAGGUAUGGUGGCUGGAUCCAGAACUGUCCUAUGGAAGCUCUCAGCUUUUUGUGUUCACUCAGGGGCACUCUGUUUGCAAUCGAUCAUUCUUUCCUUGCUUUGAUACACCAGCUGUCAAGUGUACUUACUCAGCCUCUGUUAAGGUACGUGUCUGUUUUAUAUUCACAUGAGAUUGUGUGCAGUCCAAUUUAAGAUGUCUUUUAAAGAAAUAAAGAAUUAUGUCCCCAAUCCAGUUGUCAUGAUACAACUAUGUCCGUUAGUCAGUAACCACACCGGUACAUAACUCAGAAAAGCUUAAAUCCUGCACUUUUGGUGUGCUUUGAUGACUUGGUAGGGAACACAAUAACACUUUACCAGUGAUUAUGAAUCUCCCUAAAUUCAAAAACUCUGUCUUGUCUAGUUAACAUGGGGGGGGAUGGGUUUCUGUCCAUAUCUGCUCCACAUUCCUUUAUUAUAAUCUCGCCUCCUUUGCUUCUUUCUUUUCCUCCAUUCUAUAUCCAUUUGAUGUGUGUCACUCUCUCCUCUUUUUUACAAUCACAAUCCCUUCUUUAUUGAAAAUUAAGUUUUUAACAGCCUAAUAAUACAUUGGCACUACACAAUGCUGCAGAAAUUCAACACUGCAACAGUGAGCCCCUGACCUAAAUAAAAUACCGGUAUCUAUCCCAUAGAAAAACACCAUAACCUGUGCAAUAAGUGUACCAAACUACCAUACAAUUUAUAUAUGUAGUGCAAAUAAAGUACCCAAUCCUUAGCAAUAUACCUUUUUAUCAUGUGGGGGGAGGGGGGAGGAAAUAAACCACAAUUCAGCCAAUCACAUCUAUCAUACACACGAAACACAGUCUGCAACGUACCAACCAAUAACAUAAAAAGCAACGUGUGAGCACACAAACCAUAAAACUAAAAUGCAAAUAUAAAAAUGUCAAAAUAAAUAGUAAAUCAUAAUGUUUUACCCAUUGUCAUUACAUAAAGAGUAAUGCUGGCCUGAUCAUUACAGUAGUUCUGACAUUUUACCUGUAGAAUUACCAAUGGUACAUAUGUGUAAAGAACCAUAAUAUGGUAAAUUGGCACUAAGCUUGCCUUGUUUUCCAUUGUGAUUGCUCAUUGAAUUAUCAUACUUCAUCCAGGAAUUGCUUUCCACAUACAGAUUAUUUUUAGCUAUUUAUUCUAGAAAUGUUUGGUUAGAAAUACUGUCCGGUCAUGUGCAUCAGUCAUCAAUAAGGAACACAUGGUGUAUCUCUGCUGUUGUUAAAAUAAAAAAAAACACAAUAUUGGAAGGAAGUUGGAGACAUGACAUGACAGGGCUGCAUUUUAUUGAAAUCGAAAGAGCUAAACAACAAACAAAAUGACGAGACAUAACUGAAUUUAAAUGGCAUGUUCUUAAAUUAACAGCGUUUUGAAAGAUGACACCAGAACCGUCACAGUAUGAAAUCUCUUGCCAAAAGCUUGUCAUAAACUAAUGUAGCAUUUUACUGUAUCAAUGUCUUGUUUAUUUGCUCAAAUUUAUUGUUACCUAUAGAACUAUUUAAAAAAAAAAACCCUAGAUAUAUUGCAGAUUUGAGUGUUAUUUUGAAUACUGGUAAUAGACAUUCCUACCCUAUAUUCAGAAAAUGGUAUCUUAAUCAUGUAUUAUUGUUUAUUAUUAUUAUUCAUGUAUGAUUAUGAAAUUGGUGGUAGCAUUUGUCUUUUUCCUUUUUUUUCAUAUCAAACCUCUCAAUAUACACUUUAAAAGUCUGUUAUUUAUUUAGUUUUGUUUUAUUACAGUUUAAUUUUUAUAAACCAAAUGUACAUGCAGGAACCCUAGGCAGUUGAACUGCACCUAGCGCCCUUUUACAGCUUCUUUAUCAAGUGUUUUGAAGUGAUAUGAGGAAUCUGGCUCAUCACUAAGGCAGAAGUUACAUUUCAGCCUUAGCAAUAUCUAUUUUAAUAAAUGCAGAAUAUUUGUUGUCCAAGCCUGUGAACUGGCACAUUUAGCCUAUAGUUUCCAAGUUGAAUAAAGUGGAUCUUGCUAAAAUAGAUGCAUAACUCUUUCAAAGGCAAUAUGCUGAAUUAGAGGCACUGUGUUAUCCUGCCUUUGUGUUAAACCAUUUGACACAGAAUUUAGAUGCUACCAAGGGGCCUCCUGGCACCAUACCACUACAGCAGGUUGUAGUGGUUAUUUUGCUUACAAUGCCCCUUUCAGAUUUUUUUUUUUUUUUUUUUUUGUCUUCAUUGUGCAAUUUAGCUUUUAAUUUGCUACACUUUGGUGCUUAUUGAAUAAACCCAUAUAAUAUUGACAUUUGGUAGAAAUUUCAAGAACCACAUCAUUAAUCAAGAGGGCCAAGAUAUAAAGCAUCCACGACUAAACUUGGCAUCCCCGAAGUUCAUGAACUACUUGGCCCAUGAUGCUUUUUGCCUUAAAGUGAGCCAUAACAAGUCACUUUUAUCCCCAAUCCUUUUCUAGGUAAAACAUAUGUCAUUGUUUAUAAUGAUUAAUGCACUAUCUCCUUUCUUAAAGGGGUGUUCAAAGUACCAUAACCUCUAACAGCCUGCAGUGGUGGCAAUUAUGAUGACAUGCUCCUGAAGCGUUCUCCUGGUUUUUGCGUCAGACUUUUCCACUGUUCGCAUUGCUUACAUGGAUGGUUAUUUUCAUAUUUUGCUUCUGUCAAUAAGAUCAAAGUUUAAUCCAAACGUUACAAGCUUUUAAAUGGCAAAAUGAAAGCAGUGUAGGGCAAAUGUGUAAUGUUGGACAAAGGAGGAAGUUGAACAACUUGCUUAGCGAUGAACAGUGCAGAGAAAUGGUAGUUUUCCAAGUAAGAGAUUUGAGUUAUUGAAAAUUGUGCGGCAAAUAUUUUGUGAGCAUGAAAUUAUCGUUGGAUUUCCAAAACUGUUAUUUACCAAUGCAAAUUUAUGUUUGGGUUUAUUCACUGAACAGUGAAUUGUUGGAAGCUACACAGGCAAUUGCAAAAAUAAGGUAAGUACCAAGCUAUUAUCCAAGUCAGCUGUUACCAUAUCAAUUAUGUUACAUGUUUUGAAGUGAAUUUCCAACACUUCACAGAUUAGUGAAUAACCCUGGUUUUUAUUGCAUGCCACUGCUGACUGAUUUUUACUGGGUGGUUCCUACUUGAGUGACUGAUACAGUUUGUGAUUUGUUCUUAGAUGCAGAAGGUAUUUCCUUCUUAAAUUAAUUUGUUUUCAUUAAAGGCUCCUGUUGGAAUCCAGGUUCUCAUGAGCUGCACUCACAGUUAUUACAUGGAAGAACUUGGCGUCCAUUACUUCUAUAUGGAGCAUCCUGUUCCUGCCUACUUAGUGGCCCUAACUGCGGGUCACUUGCAACCAGCAGAUGUUGGACCUAGGUAAGAACAGUGGUGUACUGAGUUAUUGGGUGAUUGCCUGUUAUGGAGGAAAUUUAUUUAAGAGGGGCUUUAUUUUAUUAUUUUUAAUGUUUAUUUCUUAUUCAUGCAUUGUACAUAAUAAUAAAAGAUUCUCUGUGUAGUUUUACUCAAAAAUUAAAGCAGUGGGGAUGUAAUAAUGGACUGCUCGAGUAGUGAUGUCAGGUUUAUAUGUAUAUGUAUGUGUGUGUGUAUAUAUGUGUGUGUGUGUGUGUGUGUGUGUGUGUGUGUGUGUGUAUGUAUAUAUGUGUAUAUAUAUAUAUAUAUAUAUAUAUAUAUAUAUAUAUAUAUAUAUAUAUAUAUAUAUAUAUAUAUUCUCUAUCUUUUGAAAAGAGAUGCACUCUCAGGUCUUUUAUACGAAAAAUAUUAUUUUAAUCCAAAUGUUAGUUUACAUCUAACUUCUCAAGAUCAGAUAACUUCAAAUACAUACAGUGUUUUAUAUACUUAAAGUACUCCCUAAAAGUGACAGACUCCCUCAAUCUCUCCGUGUAAUCCUGGAAGUGACAAGCGGCGGUCACAUGACGUAAUUGGGGUGUGCUUAAAUGUUGUGCGGUUGCUAGGCAACCAAUAUACAAGUGAUUAGACCAUGGGUCUAGCUUUCAAUGAUAAUAUUAUUUAGUUGAUUGGAUAUAUGUCCAUUAGUCUACAAUAAUAAUUGUCUUUAAGCCUUUCCAUUGCUUCUAAAAAUAUUUUAAUUAAACGUUUGUGGUAUAACAGUAUUGGUUUAGGUCUUCACUUGGCUGCACUUUUUGAUUAUACACAUUAUUUUCACACUUUAUUUUUGGACACUACACUGAGUUGGCACUAUAUAGUCCAUUGUGAGACCUUUAUAUUUAAUGUAAUUUCUAUGUUCUAAUCACAGUUAAAACAUACACUCUUUCUUUCUUUCUUUAAUAUUGACUCGGAUAGCUAGAUCCACGGUCUAAUCACUUGUAUAUUGGUUGCCUAGCAACCGCACAACACAUAAGCACGCCCCAAUUACUUCACUUCACGUGACCGCCGCUAGUCACUUCCGGGUUUACACGGAGAGAUUGAGGGAGUCUGUCACUAUUGGUGAGUACUUUUACACUUUAUGUAUAUAAACACUGUAUGUAUUUGAUCUUGAGAAAGACCCGAUUUGGUCGAAACGUUGAUAAAGUUAGAUGUAACUAACAUUUGGAUUAAAAUAAUAUUUUUCGUAUAAAACAUCUCUUUUCAAGUUUUAUAUAUAUAUUUGCUCAUGUGGGGUUGCACCAUGGCACUAUAACCACACAGGAGGACAAAGGGUGAGUGCCAAGCUAUUAAAUAAAAAAAAAAAAAAAAAAUAUUAUAUAUCACCACAAAGCACUCCCAUAUUUUAAAAUUAAUAGGUUCGAGACAAUUGGCACUUGGGGAAUAACUUUAUACUUUUUAAAGGUUUGAAUGAUGGGAUAUAUAUGUCUUUGGAAAUCAUUCUCAGCACCCCAACUGCAUUGUCUCUUUCAUUGUCUGCGCGAUCUCUACAUUGUGCAGGAGUCGUGUAUGGGCUGAGCCGUGUGUGCUACCAUUGGCUGUUGGGAAGCUGGCUGGACGAGUGGAACAAUGGCUUCAAGCUGCUGAGCGCCUCUAUGGGCCUUACAUCUGGGGAAGGUGAUGCAAGAUGCUCUCAUAUGUUUUAUAUGCUGGACAGGAAUUCUUUUUUCUUGAAAGUGUUCACCUUCUAUGUAAUCUUUAUUUUAUGGUUUCCUUUGUUCAGACCUAAAGGUUACAACAGACAAGUAAAUAAUUUCCCCAUAUACAGACCAAAUAUUAGAACUCUGUUAACUAUCUCACCAGUCAAUCAUAUUAAACAAAAUUGUUUGUACGGCCUCUACUUUAAAAACUUGAUAGCAAGCCUAUAUAGCAUUUUAAAGUGGCAUCUUCUUAUGAUUUCUGUAAGCUGAUCUUUUGAUUGUAGCAUGAAGUUCAUUGUCUGGCCAGCUUUGAGUUCAUUUUAUGUCCUGGAAGUGGUCUGAUUUCUCUCCUUUCCCUUAUGCGGUCUUCUUCUGAUUCAACAUCAUCAAAUGUUUUUUUUUGUUUGUUUUUUUAUCUUUUCUUUUUAGAACCCUAAUGUCAGUCCUACACACCAACCAGUCUUCCCUCUAUGCCUGUCUCACCCCUUGCCCAUUAUUUCCUUAUGCCCCCUCCAUUCUAGGUAUGAUAUCGUCUUCCUGCCUCCAUCCUUUCCAAUUGUUGCAAUGGAGAAUCCGUGUCUGACAUUCGUAAUUUGCUCAAUCCUGGACAGUGAAGACUUCCUGCUGAUUGAUGUCAUUCAUGAAAUUGCACAUGGUUGGUUUGGGAAUGCUGUGACAAAUGCCAGCUGGGAGGAGAUGUGGCUGAGUGAAGGCCUGGCAACCUAUGCUCAGCGUCGCAUAACCACUCAUGUCUAUGGUGAGUGAUUAAAAGGCCUAGGCGUAACAUUAAACCUGUUUUGCUGGGCCUUUUCUAACGUUAUCUCUCAAAUCCUUUUCUCAACCCUGUAGAGGAAGGAAUUGUUUACCAACUAAGUGCAAGUCUUUCACUUAUUCCACAUUUCAUGCAACUUUCCUAGAUUACUUCAAUCUGUAUGAUUGUAAUGGAGCAAAGUUAUGUCUGGAGGAGAUGCAGUUUUCUGUAAAUAUUUACAUGAUUAUUCAAACUUUAGAUUGUUAAUGGAGACGACUAUAGAAAGUUUAGAAUGUAUAGAACUGUUAGAUGCUGGGGGUAUUUCUAGUUCAGAGGUAACUUACACAUUACCUCUAAAGAAAUAUAUUAUAAUUUACAUUCAGGAAUUUCAGGUUGUGUGUGUUUUUUUUUCUUUUACAGUGAUUUAGUCGGAUAACACUGGAAUUUAUUUUCCUUGCACAGUAAAAUUGAGCAAUCUUAUGGCAUAUAAUGCAUAAAAGCAGCCUGAAAUAGCAUUGAGUUUAGUGUGUGUUUUUUUUUUUUUGUUUUGUUUUUUAAUAUGUGUAUAUAUGCUAUGAGAUUGUUUGUUUAAUUUUUAUAUAAUUAUAUUAAUUAUCCACUGUUAGUUAUGAUGCUAAGAGUACCCUGGUAUGAUUCCCGUCUUACCUGGGUCCUAUUUCUGCAGAGCUGCGGAAGCUGGAUGCCGGUUCUGUCCUCCUUUCAUUAAUGAUGUUCUGUGCAUAGAUACACACAAUUGACAUUAGCCAGCCUUAAACUAAUGAUGAAAAAGUUCUAUGUACAGGCACUCUUUUAUCCGUAUUGGUCAAAAUAUCAAGGUGGCCCAUAUACCUUCUAAUAUACAAAAUACAAAAAAUUAUACUGCACUCAAAAAUUUCAGAUAGAGUUCAUUACUUAAUUUAAUAAUUUAUUGUUAUGUUAUAUGAGUAUAAUUCAUUAAUUUUAGCAAAUUUGACAAUCUAUACAAUUAAAUAAGACAAACCUGUGGUUAGGGGACUUUAGUUACAUGGAAUAACAUUAGUUGUCACAGAAUACAUUGUUUCUACUAUAACAUGUUGUCUGAUUUAAUUGUAAAUAUUGUCAAAUUUGCUAAAAUUAAUGAAUUAUACUCAUAUAACAUAACAAUGAAUUAUUAAAUUAAGUAAUGAACUCUAUCUGAAAUUUUUGAGUGCAGUAUCAUUUUUUGUAUUAAACUAAUGAUGCCCCAGUAAUGCUGUCAGAGGUGGAGCUCAGUAUGUGUAGCAUUUCAUAGUGAAACGCUGCACAUACUGACUUCAGCCACCAUGACCACUACAAAUCACUAAACUAGUUUUAUUUAAAGGGUUAGUUAAUUAUUUAAAGGAUUACUCCAAGCACCAUGAACACAAUAGUGGUUGGAGACCUUUUUAACUAUGAGCAUAAUGUUAAAUAGAAUCCUAGAGUCUUCUAACACAGGUUUGUUAUAUAUUUUAUCACUCUCAUAUUUUUAUUGCAUUUCAGUGAUUUUUACUGGGAAAGGGACUGGAGAAAGAUCAAUUAUAGCUAUUUUAUACUUUCAAAUAGGUGCUGCUUUCACCUGCUUGGAGUCCACCUUCCGACUGGAAGCUUUGCAUAGACAGAUAAGAAUCCUUGGCCAGGAUACACCAUUCAGCAAGCUGCAGGCCAAAUUGGAUCCAGGUAAGUAGAUCAGCCCACAAUGGAGCCUUGCAAACAUCACUUGUUCUCACACUUUGACCACUUUUCCAUGAUGCUGGCUGAGCAUUUUUGAGUUAUAUUGUGCACUGCAGCUUCCGUGUCAGGUUAGCCACCUCUGUUCUGAGAAGACUGUGUUUGUAUAACGCUAAAUUGUCAUUACGAUUCCCUAGAUCUUUGCAGUUCGUGUUGCACAUAUCAUUAACUUAUUUUAAAAGCUCAGUUCUAAUGAAUAUCUGUAUAAGUCCAGGAACAAGAAAAUUGGGACUCCUAUAAUACUGUGACCCAAUAGUGUUACUGCAAACCGUAUAUUUCAAAUUUAGAUGUAAUUUUUUUUUUUAGCUGCAGUGAUCAGGUCUGUUGAUGCUCAGUCAGCCAAAUAUUGGUGUAUCUAUAGAAUCAGAUGGAGGCCAGAAAGAAGUGGUUGAAUUAAUAUUACACUAAUAAUGUUAUGUGGAAUUGUGUUUUUAUGAUUUCAUUGAAAAACAGAAUGCUUGCUAAAAUUCUUUAUUUAAUAUCAGACAUGGUAAUCGGUAAGCAUAGGAGCAGCUUUGUAAAAAUGGUUACUGGAAAUGGGUUACUGCUUACUGGCAAAAAUAAAAAAAUUACUUCCUGUUAUGAGUAAAACCACUCCGGUCGAGCAUCUGGCUUUAUUUGCAAAUCAGCAGUUUAUUUCAGCACAGACACCAGAGUAAUGUAAACAUGCAUGAACUACCUUUUUCUGUUUAGGAAUUUAGUUUACUGCAAAUUUUAAUUGCAAUCCUCCAUUUCUAAUAUCAGAAUUGAUAUUGGCAGUGGGUUACCUUAGCUUUGGAGUUAUUGGUGGGGACAGGGUUAGAUUUAGAGAUAAGAGUAGUGUAGGUUUACACUUAGUGUUGAGGUAAGGUAUGAGUUAAUGCUGUUUUAGGGUUAAAGAUAGUUUAGGGUAGUUAUACAGUUAGUAAGUGUAAGUAUUGAGUAAGUGAUAUGGUUGGUAUAGCAUUAGUGGGGGUUGGUAGGUAUACGGUUGACUAUCAAAAAUGUAUUAAGAUACUAAACUUACAAGGCAUUUAAUAAUCACUAUCAUAAUGACUGAUGUAUAAAUAUAUUAUGAGUUAUUUUUAAUUAUUUGCACUAAUUGUUUAUAAACAACAAAAAGGUUUGUUUUUGUUUUUGGAUUUUUUUCAUGCAAUUCCCCCCAUUUAUUUAUUAAUUUUUUUAUUAUUUUUUUUUUACAUUUUAUUCAUACAUAAUGUUGUUAGAUUUUCACAUGUGAUGUUAAAUGAAAGCCUUUUCUGUCCUUUAAAAAAAAUAAUAUAAAUAAUAUAUAUAGGGUCAAUUGAAACACUUAAAUUACAGUGGAAUAAACCUAUAACUCAAAUUCAAGGUUUUACAAUCUACAGCUAGGAAGCCAUGCACACUCCAAAACAAAAGGAAAAAUCUAUAUUUCAAAGGGUAUUUUUUUGAAAAGAGUCGUUAUAUACAUCUAUGCAUCCUCUGAGGGGGAAAACCCAGUUGCACUUCAGUACAUAAAAAUUAUGUGAAUACAAACCAUGAGCAAAAAAGGGCAUGACACACUAAAUUAACAAAUAAAAUAAGUUGUCCACAAAGUAUAGUCCUAAUCAAAAUCACAGAUUCAUCAUUCAAAAUUUAGAUGACUAUACCUGUAUAUUGGGGGACAUUAAUUUAGCGUACAAAUAAAGUCCAUCAAAUCCAGUCAAUGAGUAGGUAAUGUAGUUCAUUCUUCACUGGCAUGAUCUUUUACGAUUAGUUCAUGUUUAGCAGAAUUCUUUCUUUCCAAAAGCAUAAUAGCUUCACCACUACACUUAUAGGGUCAGAAAUUCAAAGGUGAAUUCCUGAACCUAUUGUGUUAAAAAAACAUUUAGGCCCCCUUGCCACCCCAUAAAUAAAUAUAAAACUUACCUUUAUUCCAGUGCUAGGUGGGUCUGCUGCCGCUGGCUCCACCCUUGCCAAUUCAGUGCUUUCCUGUGGAAAGCAUUGGAUUGGCUGAGAUUGUCAAUUCUCAUGAUCUUUCCAAAGGAGACGGGGCUAGGGGCGGAGCCAUACACCACCCUGUCCAAUCAGCUUCACUUCCUAGAGAUGCAUUGAAUCAGUGCAUCUCAGUGGGGAAUGUUCAGCGUCUCCAUGUAAAGUCAGUGCAGACCCAGAAAGCACUUCUGAUGGCCGUCCAAGUAACUGCCACUGGAGGUGUCCCUAUGGAGCAAUGUAAAACUCUGCAUUUUCCCUGAAAAGGCAUUGUUUACAUGAGAGUGCCUUUAUGAACUGACUAGAUUCACCAGAACAACUAUGUUAAGCUGUAGUUGUUCUGGUGACUAUAGUGUCCUUUUAAACGUAUGUUCUUUUCUUCAAUUGUUGAUGUUUCUAUAUUUCUUCAUAAAGUAGCUUUGUUGAGUGUAGCCAAAAAUCGUGUUUAACUUCAUCAGACCAAGAGAACUUGUUCAAUAAUAAUGCCAAUAUGUUUGUUCACUGCAGAGAAUGUGCUAACUUCCUUUCCCUUGGAAAAAUAUGCAAAAUAUAUAUAUAUAUAUAUAUAUAUAAUUUUUUAUUUUAUUUUUUUUUUUUAUGGUUCAGGUUGUCCUAUUUGUUUACAACUGUAUUUUUUUUUUUUUUUUUUAUUCAUUUUUUUCUGUGGAUCUGUAAAGAAAGAAUAUAGAGGGUGCUGAGUCACCUUACAGGUAUCUGGUCCAAAAUUAUAUACCCUUGAUUGCUCUUAAUUAGUGAAAUAGGGUGAACAUACUGAUAUGUGAUCGCACACAGCGAAUGCUUUCUUCAACGUUUAAACCAACAAAAAUCUCAUAGUAAGUACAAAACUCAUUUUAGACGUAUAGUUAAAAACUUAAAUCACAAAGGCCUUAUCUGGCUCAUAGAUAUGAACUGGAACAAACAGUCAUCUGUUUUUAUUACAUUUACUCUUAAGAUUAUCAGGUACAUAAUUUCCUUCACUUAAUUUUUUUUUUUAUCAAAACCACCUGUUUGAUAAUCUGUAGGGAAACAUGUUGUUUGGGGGGUGAAAUGUUCCCAAAUUUUCGGGGGAUCCUGUCAAAAGGGUUUUCUCCACUGCAGUCGAAUUAAUAAAGAUAAUGGGGACUCCUCUCAUUCCUAAAGCUUUAACUAAAUGGGAAACCGAGUUAGCAAUUUCUAUUCCUUUUAAUAACUGGUGUAAAUCCUUUGUGAGGACCAAAAAAAAAUAUUCACUGUUUGAAUAUCUUAGAGACCUUUUAUAAAGGUGUUGUAUAGAUGGUACUUGGUUCCUAUCAGACUUGCUAAAAUUUCUGUUACUAACCCGUCUAAUUGUUGGCGAUAUUUUCAUCUCGACGGAUCAAUGGUUCAUAUAUGGUGGUCUUGCCAUCGAAUCAAAUCUCUCUGGAAGAUUACAUAUGAAUUUAUAAAUAAAUUGGGAGGCUCCUAUUUGGAAUUCAAACCGGAAAUUGCUUUACUCCAUCUUCUGGGCCCAGAGAUAAAGCAUACUGAUAUUGUGAUCAUACACUGCUUAAUGGCUACUAAAAUUUUAAUAGCUAGAUUUUGGAAAAGUUUUGAUAUUCCCACGAGAGAUCAACUUAAAGCACAACUUUUAUUCCAAGUUGAGAUGGAAAUGGGAUUAGUGUCUAUGAGAGAAUAUUCUAAAUUGAAGGCCUUGACGUUCUUUUCUAGCUUUGUCCAAAAAAUUAAGAAGCUUUGAGGUAAAUGAUUAAGUGGGGUACCUUUACGACUCCCCCGCGGUUGGCAGAGUGUUCUCAAAGGGGAUUCUAUUGUUAGUCGCCUUUGCCUUAUACUGUUUAUUCUUUUCCUUAAAAGGGGGUUUUGGAUCUGCAACACAUACGACCAUUUUUGUCUACUGUUUUGUCUUGUGUCUUUGUUUCUUUUUCUGUUUAACAUAUUUAUAAGGUUCUGUAUAGGCCGUUUUUGGUCUAUGAUAUGCAGCUGAGGGGAUGUACGUAUUCCCAGUUUAUGUCUUAGACGGCUCAUUGAGGAAAUCUGAAAUAGAAAUCUGUCUUUGUAUGUAUGUAUAAUAUGGUGGGGAAUCCUUAUUUUUUUCUUCUGUAAGAUUCCCUCCCAUGGUUGUUGUCUUUGUCUAUUAAUACUUUCAUGAAAAAUUGCAAUAAAAAGAAUUAAACAAAAAAACAAAAAAAAAAGAAAUGUUCCCAAAUUUUGCUUUUUCAGUGUGUUCUCAUUUAAUUUUGAUUUGCAGUCUGGAUAUGGAUUAUGCAAAUUGUAUUUCCCUUCUUUCCCAUGUGUAGGUGUGAACCCCAGUAACCUCAUGAACUUAUUCACCUAUGAGAAGGGCUUCUGCUUUGUGCACUAUUUAUCCCAAUUAUGUGGGGAUCAGGACACCUUUGAUGCCUUCCUCAGGGUACGUAAUCUGAAACACUGCAUGCUUUUUUAGUGGUUUGUCACUCGUACAGUUCCAAAAUCUUUUAUCCCACAUCCCCCAUCCCCACACACAACCGAUCCCUACGAAGGUACUACUGAGACACAGUUAAUUUAUUUUAUCAUUAUAUUUUUCAUCACAACAUUAGUUUCUCCUCUUGCUCUUUUUAAAGGAUUACAUUGAGAAAUUUAAGUUCCGCAGUGUUUUAGCUCGCGAUCUCCUGGAAUCCUAUCUUGGCUUUUUCCCGCAAUUAAGAGGAGACGGGACAGAGAAGAACGUUGGUGAGUUUGGUGAUAAGGAAUUAAUAGCAAACUGAAUACGUAAUAUGUUUGAGACUUUACUUUUUAUUUUUGUUCUUUCCACAACACAUUCAGACCUGGAGUUUGAGCGUUGGUUGACUGCUCCUGGACCUCCUUUGGCGCAGCCAGAUCUUUCUCAGGGAUCUGUAUACACUGCUCCAGUGGAAGCACUAAGUGAGCUCUGGAUGACGGAUCCAUUGGAUGUUGAAGCUGCAACAACGUAUGCCAAUAUUGCUGAAUGGCAAACCUUCCAGACUGUGCUGUUCUUGGACAGGCUUCUAGACAGGUCUCCAUUACGACCAGGUAAGCAGUGUGUGGAGUACUUAUUAUGACAUGUGAAUUGGAAAUAUUUUUUUUUUUUUUUUUUAUAGUAUUAGUAGCAUUUAUAUAGCGGCAACAAAUUCCAUAGCACUUUAGGGGAGGGAGAUGUAACAAUAAAUUAGAAAAUAGGAUGAAGACCCUGCUCAAACCAGCUUACAGUUGAGGAGGUUGGGUAUAAAACACAGUAGGACAGGAAAUAGCAAUCAAAUAAGGUGGGAGUGAAGCAGAGCUGGAAGAGAGAGUAGAGUGCUGCUCUUUAGGAGAGAGCUAGGGACAGGGAUGUGAGGCAGAGGUUACUCUGGGCGGCCAUAAGCUUUCAUAAAGAAAUGGGUUUUAAGGCACUUUUUAAACAAUUGAAGACUAGGGGAGAGUCUGAUGGCGGUAGGCAAGCUAUUCCAUAGGAAGGGAGCCACUUGCGAGAAGUCCUGCAAGUGUGACUUGGCCUGUACGGGUGCGAGCAUGCUUAAGAGGAGCAGGGACAAGUUCCAGGAGCCCUGAGGACCGAUUCGGCUACAGAAUGGUUUAAGCUUGGAUAAAAAAAAGUUUUUUGUUUGUUUUGUUCCAGGUGAGAAAAAGCACAAUAAGGGUUCCUAACAUAAAUAAAACAAAUUACAAACCGCAGUGAACUAUAGGGCCUGUUUAGAGAGACGGUAAUAGUAAAUGGAAAAAAAAAGUUCCUCAAUUCAAGUAGUAGCAGCCGCAUGCAUACAUGUUGGUUCCUGUCACCAUGUGUACGAACGGUACAACCUUGAUUGGGUCCCAUCUGUUCAGGUUGAGAGUGCUCAGCAGAGCAGCUGCUCCUCAAAGAUCUGAGAUGGAUUUCGCCUUGUAUGACUUGCAGAGGCAUGUGCCAGUGGUACCGGACCUUGUGCUGCUGGGGCAGUGUUGUGAACGGUCGGAGGGACCUCUGCCCUUUUUAAUCUAUUUUUGUACUUAAAGUGGAAUAGUCAUUCAGAAAAUGUGUGCAUGGCCAGGUUCACUUCAGGCUAUGGUUUGAAUUUACUCCCUACUUUGUGUUGCUGAAAUGUUUGUGUGUACAACAAAUUUACUCCCUCUUCACCUUGUGCAAUACAGCAUGCUGGGAAUGGUGGAGUGACAUGUGGAGGUCACAGAACACCUUUCAUUAUGAACCAUGGGAAAUUCUUACCCAUCCAGACCGCUUUACUUGCUAGGAGGAACCACAGGUUCUGUUGAUGCAAAGACCAAAUUAAAAUUAUGCUUGCUAAUUGUGCAAUCAGACCAUGUUUUAUUUUAUUUUUUUUUAUUAUUUAUUUGUGUGUGUGUAUGUGUGUGCUCCAUGUUUGUGCGUGCCUUUGAAAACUACAUGUGUAAUAAAAUGUAUGCAUGUGCUAGUAAUUUGUAUAGGGUUGUGCUUUCUUGGAUGGGAGAAUGUGCAUUCACACUGAGAUAAUUCCCUGUAGCAGAUUUUUUUUUUUUUUUUUUUUUCAUUGCUGUAUCUUCCUUUCUUUAAAAAUUAUAGAUUAAGAUUUAAUAUCUGUAAAGAAAAAAGGCAAAUGGGAGAAGAGGGGGGUGACUUGGAAGUGUAUCCUUUAACCAUAGACCCAAAUAUUACUGGAAUUGUAUUGUGUGUGCUAGCAGUAUUAAUGUGUGAUACUUUCAUUUCAUGCUCAGUUAUAACCUUUUUAGUAAAUGUACUUUUUUUUUUUUUUUUUAUUAUUAUUUUUUUUUAUUACACACAUCCUGAAAAUGCAUCCUUAUGAAAUUGUGCUACACAAUGUUUAAAACUGAUUAAUGAGCUAUAGAUGUGACAAAAAUACACUUACUAAAAGUUAUCCCCCAUAAUUAUUCUUGUGUAUCCUGAUCAUCCUGUUUCCUGUAUUUUUAGAGGUAAUGCUGCAUCUGGCUCUGUGUUAUUCUGAUGAUAUUGCCACUAUGAACACAGAGAUCAGGAUACGCUGGUUGCAGAUUGUGGUGCGGAACAACUUUCAGUCAGACCUGCCUCAAGUACGCCACUUUCUCCUCUUCCAGGUAAGUUCGAACUCUGUCCCAUAUGUAUCUGCACCAAGGUCAAUAAGCUUCAUUGAUAUCUUCUGUAACUUAAACAAGGCAACUUCUUCAUUUAGCAAGCUGAACAGACUGUAUUUUUUUUUUUUUUUUUUUUUUUUUACACAUUGACUAUGAUCACAGCUACAAUGCAUUAAACAUUCAGUGUUUACAAGGACAUGAGACCAUUGGUAAAUUUGCUAUUUGAAGUGUGAGAUCCAUUCUGUGUAUGUAAAAGACCUAUAUUGCCAACACCUAGGUGUUCUAUAUCUUCCACCCAUUUACUUUUGAAGUUACUACCUUCAACCACUAAUAGUUGAGUGCUAUAAUAAAGGAAUACAUGUGUUGCACAACUUGUUGAUUAUAUUGUUUGUUGUCUUUUCUCCUAGACAUCUAGGAUGUAUACCAUCCCUCUGUAUGAGGAUCUCAGCGCUGGACCACUGAAGUCCUGUGCCCUGGAAAUAUUCUAUCAGACGCACAGCAGGUUACAUCCAAACCUGCGCAAAACAAUCCAGCAGAUCCUGACUCAGGGAGGCUCCGUGGUGGUGCAAUCAGACAUGUUGCCAGUCCUGACCUCUGAACUUUGCACACAAGGCCCCAACUCUCUCAGGGAUGUUAAUGUGACAGCAUAACUGCUAGUCUUUAUCAACAAACUGGCUCUAAAUCUGUCCAGACUGUGCCUUGCACUGAUCAGGACAGAGAGACAGAAUGCAAGGAAUGUUUGCACUGAGAAGGAGACAAGUAAACUCCUCUCUCAGCCUAUAACACUCAGGAGGGGAUCUUUCAAACCCCAACAACAGAACUUUCAAUGCCUAGCAAUUGGAGAGUAGAAAGGUGCCAAUUGGGGAGUGUGUAUUUAUGUAAAUCUAUAUCUACACACAAACGUUUUCAUUUUCUUCUGGAAGUACAGAGCAUGUAAUAGGCCUGAACGAAUUCCAGACUUCUAUGCAUUUUUACACUUUCUAUUUGAGGUUUUACUUUAAUGGUAUUUAAUGGUAUUUAAGUACACCCUGAACCCUUUUUUGAAAUGGUGACUUUGUAAUGAUUAAAAUAGCAACUAAAAUGCUGCUUCUCCUGAAAAUACCUGCCUUGCAAAGUGGUUCAGGAAUAUAGGAGUUCUGAUUAAUGUUUGCGUUGUUGUAGCAGCCAGACGUGACAUGUAGCCAGCUAACUCCAGUUUUCAAUACAAAGUGACAGAUCAUUUAUAAACCAAUCAGGAUGUCCGUUUUAUCAGAUUUUAAUUGUUUUUCCCGGUAGUGUAAGGUGAUGUUUUAAAGAUAUUUUCUCUUGCCUAACAUCAGGUUAAACCUAACCCAAACUAUAUUGCAAUGUAUAGAUUAAUUCAGAAGCUCUAUUUACCCCUACCCCCUCCACCUUUCAUUAGCAUUUGUUUGCACAUGCAGUUUUUCUUGGGACCUGAAUGGCUUUAAGGCCAAACUUUUUGGCUUUACCAAGGCUAAAGGUGACCCAUAAUGUUCUGCCUCCAAGCAAUAACUCUGAAGAUCAGCUUCCAUUUUUGGUGGUUUUAUAUUUGAAAGUAUGCCAGCGAAAUGCAUGCCUUUCCAGUUAGCCCUAAUUCCUGGGUAUGGAGCAGAGACAGUUGAAGUAGUUCCAGACCUGGACAGUGGGAUUUUUUUCUUAACCCACUAGAUUCUGGUCUGUCUGCAUCCAUUGGAAAGAAGUUUUAAAGUUCAUGUUUAAUUACUGGAACAAGUUACCUGGGACAGAACACAGGAUGAAACUGUUGACUUCUUUUGAUGUUUUUCUUUUUUCAGUUUUCUUGUUUUUUUGUUUUCCUUUUUGUUUUUUUUUUUAAUGUUAUUUUUAAAUGGCAUAGAAGAGCUAAAAAAAUAAAACAGAGUGGUGAAUAUUUGCUCUGGUGUAUAUGUGGCUGUUUUAAUUGCAUUUCUUUUGGUUUAAAAGUGAAGAUUUUAUUUCAUUUGUAAACCAGUAGGAUUUUAUCCAUGGUUUCAAUUCUUAAAUUUUUUUUUUUUCCUAACGGUGAGAUAAGGGUAAAUAUACAUGAACUAUGACAAUUCUCCCCCCCCACCCCCCCCCCCACUUUUCUAUUAACGGUGAUGUGUUCUAUUAACUUAUAUGGCACAAACAAGAAAAACCUCUGGCACAGUGGUUUGGCAUUUGGCAAACUUUGGCAUUUCCUUUACUGCUCUUAUAGCCAAAAUGCUAGCAAAAGGUUGCCUACCCCUGCUUUAGAAAAUCUCAUACUUUUCUCUCCAAAUGGAUAAGAAAGAUGUAUUACAACAACUUCAUUCCAUCUGAAUAACAAUAGUCUAAAGGCAUUAAACAGCAUACUGCAUAGAUUUAUUUCUCAUACACACAGAUUGACGCAUUACCUAUACUUUUGUGAGUUCACCUUCUAUCUUUGUGCAUUAACAUGCAUGGCCUUCAACUUUCCGUAAUUUAUUUAUUUUAUUGCAUCCUCCAACGGUUUUCAUUACAUAUCCAAGCUUAUGCAUGACAAGUUCACUUUAAUAUAUGCAUCACUUUAGCUACCAUUUGCACUUGACAUAAUGGGGAAAGCUUUGCAAUCUGUAGGAAUCACUGCACUUAUAAUCAACCGUGUUUAGGGGCACAUUAAAUGGAAGUUCACGUACAAUUACAUAUUGAAGAGGCAUAUAUUUUGGAGUGUCUUUUAAGAGUAACAAUGUAGUGUAGUAGAUACUAAUGUGAAUGUUUGCAUCCAUAAUCCAUGAAUUGAGUCUAUCAGAGUCUUACCUUUAACAGAUUUUCUGGUAUGACAGUGGGCUGGUGAGAUUCACUGUGUGUAGCCAAUAUUUUCACUGUGUGUAACCAAAAAAAAAAAACGUGUAAACUACUCUGGAUCCCAGUUAGCGAUAUAGUCCAUUUUUGGGACAAGUUAGCAAUAUAGUAUGUUUUUUUUUUUUUUUUUUCCUCUUGCAGAUAUAGGCAGUAGACACCUGAGGGAUCUUCUGCAGAACAGGCAGCCUAGUAUUGGAGAGAAUUUAAAGUCUGCUUCGGGUGCUAGAAGUGAUGAAAUGGUAUGUAGGUGAGCGCUGGGCUGCUACCUCAAUGGAACACAAGUCCAGGUGACAUUGUGUUCCACUGCAGGAUGCUACACACUUCAGUGAAGCUCUCUGCGUGCUUUGGCCCCAAAUUCAAACCAGAAAUCUUUUUCCAUCUCUAUUUAAACCCAGCAAUGAUUUUGAGGCCUGAUGUAUGUAAGAAAGCUAUUUGUGUGCUCUUUCCAACAUACUGUGAG